UAGGUUUUGAUCUGACAGUGAUGAGAUGAUCCUCACAAAGAAGAACAGAAAUAAAAUGAUCAUCACACUCAGACGUCUUUCUGAGAGCGUUGAGUGAAAAAGGAAGUGACUCUGAGCUGAAAGGGGAGGAGUGACGACAGAACACACAAUGCAGAUCACGUCUUCAGUGUCUUUGCUGACUUUCUCUCUGCUGAGAUCAGAACAGUUCAUAAGUGUAGGAGAGUCAGAGUGAGGAGCUUCUGGACCUUCUGGACCUUCAGGUAUCCGCUGUGUUUGAAGAGUGAUGCUGCCAUGUUUUCCCAGAGCUCAGCAAAUAUUACAGCAGCACUGAUCCUCAUUUUACUGGCAGGGUCGUUGGCUCAGCGUGUGAAGGUUCAGCCAGAGGUGGUUUCGUAUCCAGGUCAAGUUGUAACCCUGCAGUGCCAAUUUCCUGAUCCAGGCCAAACUCAGCUCACACAGGUGUCCUGGAUUUUUGAAACAGCUGCUGGCACCCGAACUAACAUUGCAGUGUUUCAUCCUGCGCAUGGAGUUCUUUACCCCAGGUCCCCGGUGACUGGCCGCGUGAGAUUUACAAGUGACCCACUUCAGCUGGAGAGUCCAACCAUUCAGAUCACGGAUAUUAAGAAGACUGAUGAGGGAAGGUACAUCUGUGAAUAUGCAACUUACCCCAGUGGAAAUGAGCAGGGUGUCACCAACCUCGCCAUACUAGCCAAGCCCUCAAACACCGCCUCCACAGUCACUGUACAGGCUGGCACAGCCUCGGUCAUUGUGGCCCGCUGCGAGUCGGUCAACGGGCGUCCGCCAGCCACCAUCUCCUGGGUGACUUCAGUGGGGGGCAACGGAACAACCCUGACAGAGAGAGAUAACCAGGACAACACGGUGACGGUGAAGAGCGAGUACUGGUUGGUGCCGACUCCUGCUGACAACGGCAGAGACAUCAGCUGUGAGGUGUCACACCGGAUGCUGACCAGCCCGGAGACUUUCCCCAUGAAGCUGGUGAUUGAAUAUCCUCCUCAGGUGCAGAUUGUGGGGUAUGACAGUAACUGGUAUUUAGGACGCACAAAUGCAGUGCUGACCUGCCAGACUCAGGGGAACCCUCCCCCCACCAUCACCUGGAGAACGACGUCGGGUCUGAUGCCGGAGACGGUGCAGGUGAAGGAGAACAAACUGACCGUGCUGAAAGUGGAUGAGACGGUGAGCACCACUUUCAUCUGUGAGGUCAGGAACAGCGUCGGCACAGGAACGGACCAGGUCAGCGUGACGGUCAGGGGUUCAGCUGGGCUGUGUAAGCAGUAUGCAGUUUGGGGAACUGUUGGCUUCCUUUCUGCUCUGCUUCUGUCUCUUAUUAACAUUAUUCUCUGCGUUCAGAGGAAGAGAGGAGCAGAGAGAGGAGCUGAUGUUCAGGCUCCAAAGUCUGGAGACGACACUUACUCAGCUCUGAACCCCAACACCACGUCCUCCGACUACGACACUCUGACUGUUGUCCGUCCUCACCCAGUGAUGAGAAGAGCUCCAGAGAACGAGAACUAACAGCUGUGUUCAUUUACUCUUCAUUCACCACUGUAGCUUCAGCUCUAAGGACAGAACAUUAAAGAGGCGUACGGAGGAUUUCUGAGGAUUAAAGAGCUUUUAGAGCUCAAAACACAUCAGAUGAUUCCUAAAGUCAGAGUGAUUCUCUCAGAUCAGUCAGAGGAGCUUCUGUUUAUGAAGGGUCUUUAUUCACUGUUGUGCUUUUAUACACCAUGAUGAUUCAGACACGGACCAGAAUCAGGCAGUUCUGAUCACUCAGUAUGAACAGAGUUAAGAUGAUUUGGAUCCUGUUUGAUUACAAAUGUCAGUGUGCACAAUCAGGUUUAUUUUUUUGCUAUUUUAUGUAUUUUCAUUAUUUCAGAUAGCUAGAAACGCUUGAUUAGUUCUGUUAUCUGUUAUAGUUGUGCUUUAUUUCUAAAGGCUGUGCUUCCAGUAACAGACUGCUAAUAAAGUUGUGAAGCAGGUUGUACCGUGACAGACCCAGUCAGACGCUUGUGGUAAAAUCCAAGAGAUGAAGCUUUAAUAGAAAAGGGAUUAGCAAGAACUGUCGUAGUACAGGCGUGGGUCAAAUCCAAAACAGAAAAAAGGCAAAACAGGGUAAACAUAACCAGAAGGGCAAAGACAAAAGGCAACGAACAGAAAUCCAGAAAAAGAGUCCAAUACACAAAAAGGGCAACUGAUAACACAAUGGAAACACCCAGUAUUUAUAUAGGAGAACCAAUACAUUGCAGCUAUACUACGCUAAAGCCCUGGCUUAUAUACUAAACCAGGAAGGUCAUAUGACAGGUAACACAGGCGGAACAGAUCAGAAUUCAGGAUAGUUGGAUCAAUGAUUGGUUGGACGUGAGGUUGAACAGUCACAUAAUCUCCCAAGGGAUUGUGGGAAAUGUAGUCCCUGUGCGAGUCGAGGCCAGAAGAAUGCAUGACACAGGUUUUGUUUACAUUUUUAAUGAACAGUGAACAGAUGAGAGACUUCUGGAUGGACCUGCUGGCUGUUUUCAUCACUGCUUUCCAUCAGCUUCCUUAUGUCAGUUUUUUCCAGUUUGUGUAUAGUCAGCUGUAAACUGAUAAAUAUGGCACUUUGUAAAUCAUACAUUGAGAAAGACAAAAAAAAUGCAAAAAUAUGUAACACUUAUGAAACUAAUUUGGUGAAUAUUAAGUUGAAUCAGUUGAAUAUUAAACAUGUUAUUGCCUAU